ACAAUUUUCAGACCUGGAAAAUUGAAGAAAAUUUGAAAUUUUAUUACAUAUUUAGAAAGAGGAAUCUUCUGCGAUCUUUAAAAAAAAUUAUCCCGGGAUUUUGGAAGAGGAACUGUUGAACCAGAGCACGGCGCGUUUUGAGCCUUCCGCAAGCUUCAAUUGUAUACUUUCCAGCUACAGCCUUCUCUCAUUCACUUGUACGCAUUUUUGCGAUAACGAGCUGGAAAUGCUUCCAACUCCUGAUACCUCACAUGUAUCUUUCGAUCGAAUUUACGAACCUGCCGAGGAUUCCUUCCUGCUUCUCGAUGCCUUAUCCUCUGCCAGUGAAAAGAAGUUCCUACAGCAACGAUUUCCUCAAAAUGAGCAACCUUCAAUAUCGCCGUCUCCAUUUGUGGUAGAGAUUGGCACUGGGUCUGGAGUAGUUCUCUCCUUCGUCCACGCCCAUGCGAGGAUCAUAUUUGGCAGGGCGGAUAUCCUUACAGCAGGCGUGGAUGUAAAUCGCUAUGCAUGCCAGGCUACGCAGGAAACAGUGAAGGUAGCGGAGAGGGAACAGAAUUCACAGGGUUUAUCACACGGUUCAUAUUUAGGAAAUGUGGUGGGGAAUUUGGGGACUUGUCUAAAACCUGGAAUGGUAGACGUACUAAUCUUUAAUCCGCCAUAUGUGCCAAGUCCGGAUGUGCCUAUACCAGAGCUGUCUGGAGCAGGAAAUGAGGAUGGGACACUAACAUAUGAAGGGGACUCGAAAUUACUGGCUUUAUCCUAUGCAGGUGGGGUGGAUGGUAUGGAAAUCACAGAUCGGUUAAUCGAUACGUUGCCUGAGGUCCUGAAUAAGGAGAGAGGUUGUGCCUAUAUCUUGCUUUGUGCGCAAAAUAAACCUGAGGACGUCAAACAACGUAUACGUGGUUUUGGAGAUGAGUGGAAAGCAGAAACUGUAAGCAAUAGUGGAAGGGUUGGGGGAUGGGAAAAAUUGCAAAUUGUUAGGAUUUGGCGCAUGCCACCUAAUGCUUCCUAAAGUCAACAUAACCACACUGUAGCAUCGUGAUGUA